AUGGAAGAUGUUGAUGUUCCUUUCGUCGAAGUACACUAUGUUUCUAUUCAAAAAGUUGGAGAUGUUCCAGUAAUUAAAGGUGAUUUUCAAACACUUCCACCUAAAGUACAAAAAUGGAUUGCUCAAAUGGUACAAUUAUGUACUCCACGUGGUGUAUAUAUUUGUGAUGGUUCAGAAGAAGAAGCAGAUAUGGUAACGAAUAAACUUCUUGAACGUGGUACAUUAUCAAGAUUAACUAAAUAUGAAAAUAAUUACAUUUGUUGGACAGAUCCUCGAGAUGUUGCUCGUGUUGAAUCGAAAACAUUUAUUGUUACAGAUGAUAAAUAUGCAAGUGUACCACAUUCUCGUCCAGAUGUUAAAUGUGUUCUCGGUCAAUGGAUGUCACCAAAUGAUAUGAAAAAGGAACUUGAUGAUCGUCUUCCAGGAUGUAUGGCUGGAAGAAUGCUUUAUGUCAUUCCAUUUAGUAUGGGACCAAUUGGUUCACCGUUAAGUAAAAUUGGUGUACAAGUAACCGAUUCAAAUUAUGUAUUACUAUCGAUGAGAAUCAUGACACGCGUUUCAUCGGAAAUAUGGAAACAUAUUCAACAUGAUGAAGAAUUUGUAAAAUGUCUACAUUCUAUGGGUUGUCCUCGUCCACAUGCUCAAAAAGUUGUUAACAAUUGGCCAUGUAAUCCGGAGAAGACUCUUAUUGUUCAUUUUCCUGAUAUUCGAAAAGUUAUUAGUUAUGGUUCAGGUUAUGGUGGUAACAGUUUACUUGGUAAAAAAUGUUUUGCUUUACGUAUUGCUGGUCGUAUUGCAUAUGAUGAAGGAUGGUUGGCUGAACAUAUGUUAAUUAUGUCAGUAACAAAUCCAAAAGGUGAAGAAAAAUUUAUUGCUGCUUCUUUUCCAUCAGCAUGUGGUAAAACAAAUUUAGCUAUGUUAACACCAGCAAUACCAGGCUAUAAAGUUCAAUGUGUUGGUGAUGAUAUUGCUUGGAUGAGAUUUGAUAAAAAAACAGGUGAAUUACGAGCUAUUAAUCCUGAAGCUGGAUUUUUUGGUGUUGCACCUGGUACAAAUAUGAAAACAAAUCCUAAUGCUAUAUUAACAUGUAUGAAAAAUUCUAUAUUUACAAAUGUUGGUGAAACAGCUGAUGGUGGAUUUUUUUGGGAAGGUCUUGAAGAUGAAACACCAGCCGGUACAGAAAUUUUAUCAUGGACAGGUGAAAGAUAUAAAUUAGGUGAAGAUAAAACAAAAAAAUCAAGUCAUCCAAAUGCUCGAUUUUGUUGUCCAGCUCGACAAUGUCCAAUUAUACAUAGUAAAUGGGAAGAUCCAGCUGGUGUACCUAUAUCAGCUAUUAUAUUUGGUGGACGAAGACCUGAAGGUGUUCCAUUAGUUAUUGAAGCACUCGAUUGGAAACAUGGUGUUUUUCUUGCUUCACAACUUAAAUCUGAAACAACAGCAGCUGCUGAACAUACAGGAAAACAAAUUAUGCAUGAUCCAUUUGCUAUGCGACCAUUUGUUGGUUAUAAUUUUGGACGUUAUAUUCAACAUUGGCUUGAUUUUGAAAAAGAUCCAAAUAAUAAGUUACCAAAAAUUUUUCAUGUCAAUUGGUUUCGUUUGGAUGAAAAUAACAAAUUCCUUUGGCCAGGAUUUGGUGAUAAUAUACGUGUACUUGAUUGGGUUAUUCGACGAACUAAUGGUGAAGAUAUAGCUGAUAUGUCGCCAGUUGGUUUAUUGCCAAAGAAAGGUUCAAUUAAUCUUCAAGGUCUCACUGUUGAUUGGGAUAAAUUAAUGAGUGUACCAAAAGAUUAUUGGUUAAGUGAUAUUGAUGAAACAUUAAAAUGGCUUGAUGAACAAUUAGGCGAUGAUUUACCACAAGAUAUUCGUAAACAAAUCGAACAACAAAAACAACGUUUGACCCAAUUAAAAUAA